AUGGCACUAAUAGAGAAAUUGCUCAUCGUUGCUUUAAUUUCGAUAACUGUGACCAGUUGUUAUGAAACAUCCUUACAUGCAGACGAUGACGAUGAUGAUAGCAUAGAGAGAAGCGGGUAUGGAGGCGGUCAUGGAGGUGGUGGACAUGGGGGAGGCCACGGUGGUGGAGGUGGAGGACACGGGGGAGGCCACGGAAGAGGCGGUGGAGGACACGGGGGAGGCCACGGAGGUGGCGGUGGAGGACACGGGGGAGGCGGUGGAGGACACGGGGGAGGCCACGGGGGAGGCGGUGGAGGACACUGGGGCGGAUACGGUGGACACGGUGGAGGCCACGGAGGAGGCGGUGGAGGCCACGGGGGUGGAUACGGUGGACACGGAGGAGGCCAUGGAGGUGGCGGUGGAGGACACGGGGGAGGCCACGGAGGAGGCGGUGGAGGACACGGGGGUGGAUACGGUGGACACGGAGGAGGCCACGGUGGUGGCGGUGGAGGACACGGGGGAGGCCACGGAGGACACGGGGGUGGAUACGGUGGACACGGAGGAGGCGGUGGUGGACACGGAGGAGGCGGUGGAGGACACGGGGGAGGCCACGGAGGUGGCGAUGGUGGACACGGGGGUGGUCACGGCGGAGGCCACGGAGGUGGCGGUGGAGGACACGGGAGUGGUGGACAUGGGGGUGGUGGACACGGGGGUGGCGGUGGACACGCGCACUCUUUCCAUCAUUUCUCCGGGCCUGUAGUGGGUGGCCAUCAAGAGGUCAGCUGGAAGGAUAAACACGGACAUUAUGAUCACGAUUAUAAAGCGUAUCCUAAAUACCACUACGCGUACGGUGUAGAAGACAGCCACACGAAAGACUAUCACGGACAGAAGGAGCACCGCGACGGAAAGAAAGUCGACGGAGAGUAUCAUCUUCACGAGCCUGGCGGUAACGUGAGGAGCGUCAAGUAUCAUUCUCAUCCUCACGGUGGAUUUUUCGCCGAAGUUCAUAAUUAUGGCGGAAACGAUCACUCCGGAGGCGGACACGGAGGACACAAGCAUAGAUAAGAGCCCUAUCAUCCCACGACUCAUUCACUAAACAUACGAUUCUUGUUAUCUAUUGUUAUACUCCUGUCACACGUUU